AUGUCCAGCGAAUCCCUCCCCAUCGCCCCUGCCGCCUUCACCGAGGCCAUCAAGGAGCUCCCCCUCCCCGUGCUCUACGCCAAGGUCUCCGAGAUCCGCAACUCGAUCGCGCACCUGCACCGCUCCAACCAGGAGCUGCGAACCUUCAUCGCCGAGUCCUGCGAAUCCGAAACCGACAAGCGAGAACUAGAAGGAUACAUCGUCGAGAAUGAAGGUGUCGCCGUCUCUAUGACGAAGAGAAUUGACCUGCUCAAGGCGGAGGUCGAAAGUCGCGGUCAGCAGUGGAUCGAACUGGACGAGAAGGAGAGAGGGGAACAGAACGGAAAUUCAGCGCCGUCGCCCUCCCAGGCUGCUAAUGGAACGGCGGAAGAUUCAGAGGCUACAGCGCAGCGGGGUUCGCCCAACCCCGCAUCGACGGAAAAUUCUGGAGAUGCACAGGCGGGCCAAGACGAAGAGGGUGUCUACCUUUGA